AAUGCCAGCAAAUACCAUACAAGCUUAGCCAAAUCUGUAAUUGUAAGUUUAACCCCAGAAAAGCCUUCGAAAUAACCAAAAUCAUAUUCGUUACCUAAAUAUAACAUAACAAGCUUUUUCAUUAAUAAGAACCAAGACUACACAGGAAAGCUAUUUAUUGACCAUACUCUUGUUUUGUGGUUAAGUCUUUAAAUAAUGCAAAUAAGACUUCUCCUAAUUUGACUAUCCAAUUCCGAAAGCUACCUGUUCUUUACAUCACAAAACCCGAACUUCUACUCAAUGACUUAAAUUAGUCAUUAAAUGUUAUUAUUACUUGCUGGAAGUUUAGUUUCCAUAUGCCGAAAGAAGUGGAGCAGUAUCUUGAUCUUAAUGAAGAGUUCAUAAAAACUCUAGCAGGUAUAAGGAAAAGACUGCGAAGUCGAUAUUUAAAUCCUCAAACCUUAGAAGAUUUCAUUCACGCAUUAGCCCAUGUUCGAGCUAUGAAACGGCUAAACUCAUUUUGCUCUAACUUUGAAGGAGAAUAUACAUCACAGUCCGGUCAAUCAAGUCAAUCAGCACAGGAAGCAUCAUUCACCGUUGUAAACAAUGCAGACGUGCGUCAAUCGAUGGAUCCCUCUUUCUUUCAAGGAAACAUACUGGAGUUAAUUAAUGAUUACGCUGAGUACUCCACGCAAUUAAUUUCUAUGGGAACCAGAAAGUCGUGCAUUACACCUUCAACCGAACCUAAUAGGUCGAAAAAGAAAACAGCAGGUAUUCUAGACUGCCCAGACGAAAUUCUUAUAUUAAUAUUCCAAAAGUGCUUUGAUGCUACCUACAAAGAAAGCAUCCCAUUUGCUUUUACUUAUCGAAGGGAUUGGCACACAUUACUUGAUGAUUUGCCAUAUACUUGUACCCGCUUUCGUAAAAUUCUGAGCCCAAAGAACGAUGGGUUUUGGAAGCGUGUCUUAGACUUAUAUAAAAAACCUGAGGUUCCGUCUUCUCAGUUUGAUACUUCAUCUAGGAGUCUUCCAUUCCCUUACGUUCAAAUGCCAAAUGUUCUUCCUGUCUUGUUAGAUCCAAGUAUCGAAACAUAUUCGAAUAGCUCACCUUCAUCUAGCUUGGCCUCGUUACCCUCGCAGAUUCAAACACAAAACACCCUUUCUACUGGAAGUCCUUGUGAAGAGCCUUCUUACAUUGAGUUUGCUUGUAAUGUAGUUGGUCGUUGUACUGUAUGCAAAUUGCUGCCUAAGCGUACAAAGAGUCGGGAAUGCAUAAAGUCGUUUUAUAGAUCAUCUAUUGCAACUAACAUUUGUGAUCAAUGCUUAGAGGCAAUCAUAGACUUUUAUGAGCCAGUAAGUCGGUACGAUUUUUAUGUGAUGGUGAAUCAAUUUGGUGUUGGUUAUAUUACCAGGCCAGGUCAACGAUUUCCUUCUUGGCUUUCUGAACAUGUCCAACUUGCACGAGAUGAAGAAAAGGCAUACAAAUACAUCUCUUCCUCACAAAUAAAAUUUGCAAGUGACCUGUUUAGGUUAUUCCAAUCACAAUUCUGAAACUAUCUACGAGAAUUUACUUGCAAGCUGCUAGCUACAGGAACUUCCCUAUACAGAAGACUUGAUUCUUUGAAGGAAUGAUUCAACGUAUAUCAAAUAUCAUACGGUUACUUAGUUGAAAGACAAUGAACGAACAAUAAAAAUAAGAUUACUAUGAGAAAUGACCAAAACCCUUUUGUCAAUAUUAAUACAAGUACCGUAACCAACGAUGAAGUUUAAAAUAUAAUAUCCUAUAUAGGUGAAUC